AUGAGGCUCUCUUCCGCGGCUGCCGCUGCCACUGCCCUUGUUGCCGGCACAAAUGCUCAGAGCAGCACCAGCGUCUAUGUCCAGCCCGACGUCCCUACCGGUACCCCCAUUCCGGGUGACUACUCGGGUGCUCUGAGGCCGCAAGUCCACUUCUCUCCGCCGCAGAAAUUCAUGAACGACCCCAAUGGCUGCUUCCUUGACGCAAACGGCACAUGGCAUCUCUACUACCAAUACAACCCCACCGCAACUGUGGCCGGCAACCAGCACUGGGGUCAUGCCACGAGCAAAGACUUGUACCAUUGGGAGAACCAACAAAUUGCCAUCUUCCCGCCAAACAACGUGUCCAACAUCUUUUCCGGAUCAGCCGUGAUAGAUGUCAACAACACCUCUGGCUUCUUCCCUGACCAAGACAAUGGCGUCGUGGCCAUGUACACGCUGAACACCCCUACCAAGCAAAUCCAGGAAAUCGCCUAUUCGCACGACGGUGGCUACACCUUUAUCCCCUACGAGGGAAACCCCGUCAUCGACAGCACCUCGACUCAGUUCCGUGACCCCAAGGUCAUUUGGUAUGAGGACCACUGGGUCAUGGUCCUCGCCUACUCGCAGGAAUUCGCCAUCGGUAUCUUCACCUCUCCCGAUCUGAAGGAAUGGACCCACGCCUCCAACUUCUCUUACCACGGCCUUCUUGGCUUGCAGUAUGAGUGCCCCAACCUCGUCGAGAUCCCCGUCGAAGGCUCUGACGAGACCAUGUUUGUCCUCACCAUCUCCAUCAACCCCGGUGCACCGCAGGGUGGUUCCAUCAUGGAAUACUUCCCCGGUACUUUCAACGGUACACACUUCACUGCUGUCGACGGUGCCGCCCGCAUCGCCGAUUUCGCCAAGGACAACUACGCCGGCCAGUUCUUCUACGGCACGCCUGCUGGAUCUGACGCCAUCUCCAUCGCCUGGGCCAGCAACUGGCAGUACACCCAAGUCGUUCCGACGGGCGAUGAGGGUUGGCGCUCCGUCAUGUCUCUGCCGCGCCGCAACUACCUGGCCAAGAUCGAGCGCGUGGGUUGGACGCUUGUCUCGAAGCCGUACGACCUGUCUCCCGUCAUCGGCUCUGAACUCGGCUCAGACGACUCCCUCGCAAACGCCUCGCUGGUCGUCGACUACAGCUCCGUUGCCAGCAACGCCAUCUACUUCGAAGCCAACGUCACUGGCCUGCCCGGCUCCGUCUCUGAUAUCAGCUCCUCGGCGACGCUCAACUUCACCGCGCUGUCGCCCAUCUCGGGCGAGUCCGUCUCUGGCGGCUACUUCUUCGGCGGCGACAACCCCUUCUGGCUCGACCGUGGCAAGACGCGCGGCUUCGACAACCCCUUCUUUGCCGAUAAGUUCUCAACCGCCCAGCUGCUUGACUCGAGCGGCACCUGGUCCCUCUCUGGCGUCAUUGACCGCUCCAUCAUCGAGCUGUUUUUGGACCAGGGCACCUACAGUGCCACUGCCACUUUCUUCCCUGUUCAGCCUCUUAGCAUCUUCUCUAUCAGCACGGCUGGUCUGCCUGAGGGCGCCAAGGUCAGCGUUGCUGUGUGGGGUUUGGAGAGCGCGUGGGCGCAGUACGAGGAUGAGAGCGGACAAGUAGUUGGGAACGUGACGACGAGCUCUUCAGCGGAGAAGCGGAUGCUGUAUGCCACGAGCUUUGACGCGUAA